UUGGUGUUCGAAUUUUAUCGAAUGAACAGCGACAAUACUUUUCAAUCGCAAAUUAGUUAAAUCACUUAAAUUAAGAUGGCUUUCAAGUUGUUGUUUUUGGCUGUGCUCGUUGCACAUGCAAACGCUGGUGGACCUGCAGCAUAUAGCAUUAACGCAUUAUCCGGAGAUCAUGCAUUCGUAGGAAGUUCACAAGAGCACACGGUUAAAGGACUAUAUGGCCAAAAUGUUUUAUCGUCGUAUGCAAAAGCCGUCGAUUCGGCCCACUCAUCCGUACGUGUUAGUAGUUCUCGUCAAAGCAACGACGUUCUCGGUGGUUAUGGUGCUGGUUAUGGUGCCGGUUAUGGUGCCGGUUAUGGUGGUGCUUAUGGUGCUGGAUAUGGUGUCGCUGCAUACGGUGUUCCCAAAGUCGUUGCAUCACCACUCAGUUACUCAGCACCUUCGGUGUAUGGCGGACCUUCAGUAUAUGGUGGAUACGGAUAUAAUAAAGUUGUUAGUCCGGUCGUUUCUCCUGUUGUUGCUUCUUCUUAUGGAGGUUAUGCUGUACCAAAAGUUGUCUCACCUGCUGUCGGAGUGUACGGUGGAGGGUAUGCUGCACCUGCCUUAGGCUAUGGAGCUAAUUUGGUGCCAAAAGUAGUUUCUUCAUACGGUUCAUAUGGUGGCUAUGCUGCUCCAAAAGUUGUUGCACCCGCUCUUGGAGUUUCCAAAGUUGUCUCAUCCUACGGCGCAUAUGGAUAUGGUGGUUACGCUCCAAAGGUUGUUGCCCCCGCAUAUGGAUAUGGUGGUUACGCUCCAAAAGUUGUUGCCCCCGCAUAUGGAUAUGGCGGAGUAUCGCCUGUAUCGACAGUAGUCAGUAGUGGAUAUGGUGCACCCGCUUUAGCUUAUGGAUCGUAUGCUCCAAAGGUUGCAUCAGUGGCUGGCUAUGGAGUCGGUCCAGCGGUUUUGGGAGGCUACGGUGGUGUUGGACCAGUUGUUAAAUCUGUAGCUAGUCCAGGAUACGGUGGAGUAGUCAGUGUCGUUAGUCCAGGAGCCAGCUAUUCAUGGUAAAUUUCGUCCAAACCAGAAUGAAGAUG